AUUGCUCCAAGUUUGAGUUUUUGAAUCUUGUGCUGUUUCGUCUGUGUUUUUGUUCAUCUGGAUUGGCUUUGUUUUGGUGGUGUGACUGUUGGGUUGAAGGUUUAUCAUGUACUAUGAUUUGUGGUUUUUGAUGGGUUUAAAUUUUCUAUUUUUGGGUAUUUGUUAAUUGAACCAUGUAAAUGAGGGUGUGGACUUAAAAGAGGAAGGUGGAUUGAAUAGUUGAUUGGAAUUGGCGAUUGUUUUGGAGACUGAAAUCGUGUAAUUGGGAUUAAAGCAAAUGUUAGUUGUGCGUCUAUGUUCUCCUUAGACAGUUGCACUUAACUUUUGGGAGAAUUCAAGAUCAAGCUUAGAUAUGUAUUUGGGUGAAUUAUUGGCAGAGAGGCAAAAAUUAGUGCCAUUUAUGCAAGUUCUGCCGCUAUGCAACAGGCUUCUAAGUCAAGAAAUCAGACGGGUAACAGGUUACAAUCCAAGUUUUGUUGAUCAUGAAAGGUUUGAACCUGAUAGUCCAUUUAGGUCAUUGGGUCAGCCAAAUGGAAGAUCCAUGGAGUUGGAAGGAUUGUCAGCGAUGCAAACAGAGGAAAGUGUGCAUCUCCAAAGAAUGGCCUCUUUACAAAAUCCUCCUAUGGGUUGGACAGGGGUGCCACCAAUUCCGGUCACACCUAUUGUAAAAAGAGUUGUUAGACUUGAUGUUCCCAUUGACAAAUAUCCAAAUUAUAAUUUUGUUGGCCGAAUUUUGGGACCACGUGGGAACUCUCUAAAAAGAGUUGAGGCCUUGACAGAAUGUAGGGUGUUCAUAAGAGGUCGGGGCUCUGUAAAGGAUUCUAUAAAGGAAGAGAAACUAAAAGACAAACCUGGUUACGAGCAUCUAAAUGAGCCACUUCACGUGUUAGUGGAGGCUGAAUUUCCCGAGGAUAUAAUAAAUGCCCGCUUGGAUCAUGCAAUGGCAAUAUUAGAAAAUCUUCUGAAGCCAGUGGAUGAAUCCUUGGAUCAUUAUAAGAAGCAACAAUUAAGGGAAUUGGCUAUGCUAAAUGGUACUCUAAGAGAAGAAAGCCCUAGCAUGAGCCCGAGUAUGAGCCCCAGUAUGUCACCCUUUAACAGUGCAGGAUUGAAGCGUGCAAAGACAGGAAGAUAACCCCCAUGUAGUGACAAUGGAUCAGAAUUAUUAAACAUGCUGAACUGCUGCAGCUGAUGGACUGUAGGGCUGAAUACUUUAACUUGAUUGUUCAUCAGAGCUUGGGAGACUUGGUGAUUGAGAAGAGUUAAGUUGAACAGAGUAAGUAAGGCGCCUGAAAUGUUGGGAUGCCAGAUGGGUUAUCAUGUUUCUAUAGGUGUUUCAUAUGGCUAACAUGUUGAUCUACCAUCUUGAUUCUUUCGUGUAAAAUUCCUUUGAACAUCAAAUUUGUUAUUUGAUUGGUUAAAAAAGCAACGCAUUCCCUAAUCAAUUUGUUUGUUAUUCCAGUUAGGUGUCGUGUGAAUGUGAACUUUAUAGUGUAAUUAGGCAUAUAUUUAGCCUCAACUAUCUUAUGCCAUUGAAUUGAAACAGAUGAAUAAUAAAUUGCAUUGCAAUUUCUGUUA